GUCCGCGUUGAAUCAUUAUUAUGGGGUGCUGGUACGGCACUUGGGGAACUUCCUCCAUACUUUAUGGCUAGGGCAGCACGACUUAGUGGAGAUGAACCAGAUGACGAAGAGUAUAAAGAGUUCUUGCAACUGAUGCGCGCUGAAAAGGGUGGAGCUGACGAGCUAUCUUGGACUGAUCGUGGAAAGGCUUGGGUUGAACGAUUUAUCUCACGAGUUGGAUUUCCAGGAAUUCUGCUGUUUGCUUCGAUUCCAAACCCACUUUUUGAUCUAGCUGGUGAGUAUUCCUUUUCAAGAUUUAGCGAAUAUUUUUACUCAACUUUUGUUGGGACUGGGUCCACUGUUGCUGAAGCAUGUUGUAUUUAA